CGGAAAAAGUGGGAGGGUUUUGGAUGCGGCGCCAGAGGGUUGUGUUUGUUUCUAUGAGAUGCUUGUGAAGGGGAGGAGAAGGUUGAGGUAGUGGGACUUGGACGGGACAAUGGCGGCGCUAGCGGUCUCCCUUCGGAGAUGGUUACAGGCCUUCAUUGCAAGUUUUUGCUGUUCGGGUACUUUGACGAUGACAACUGCAGCUGGGUUGCUUCUUUUCCUUCUCCCUGAAGCAGCAACGGCUUUGCAGUGUUUUUGUCUUCGCUGUACAAAAGAGAACUUUACAUGUACAACAGAUGGGCUCUGCAUUACUUCAGUAACACGGAAUAAAAACAAAAUCAUACGCAAUAGUAUGUGUAUUGCGGAAAUUGAUCUGUUUCCCAGAGACAGGCCAUUUGUUUGUGCUGUUUCAACAAGUAAAGGAGUAAUUACUGUGCCUCAUUGCUGCGAUAAAGACUUCUGCAAUAAAAUAGAUCUUCCAAUUCCAACACCAGGUCCUGUACCAGGGAAGUUUUCUUCCACUCUAGGACCAGUGGAAUUGGCUGCUGUCAUUGCUGGGCCUGUUUGUUUUCUCUGCAUUUCACUCAUGUUGAUUCUUUAUAUCUGCCAUAAUCGUACAGUCAUACACCAUCGAGUUCCAAGUGAAGAAGAUCCUUCAAUGGACCGACCAUUUAUAUCUGAGGGAACUACUUUAAAAGAUUUAAUUUAUGAUAUGACCACUUCAGGAUCAGGAUCAGGUUUGCCAUUACUUGUUCAAAGAACAAUUGCAAGAACAAUUGUACUACAAGAAAGUAUUGGAAAAGGUCGAUUUGGAGAAGUCUGGCGAGGAAAAUGGAGAGGAGAAGAAGUUGCAGUAAAAAUAUUCUCUUCCAGAGAAGAACGCUCAUGGUUUCGUGAAGCUGAAAUUUAUCAAACAGUUAUGCUACGUCAUGAAAAUAUUCUUGGGUUUAUAGCUGCAGACAACAAAGACAAUGGUACAUGGACACAACUCUGGCUAGUGUCAGAUUAUCAUGAACAUGGUUCUCUUUUUGAUUAUCUGAACAGGUAUACUGUUACUGUAGAAGGAAUGAUAAAACUGGCAUUGUCAACUGCCAGUGGACUUGCACAUCUUCACAUGGAGAUUGUUGGCACUCAAGGUAAACCAGCUAUAGCUCAUAGAGACUUGAAAUCAAAAAAUAUAUUAGUGAAGAAAAAUGGAACAUGUUGCAUUGCAGAUUUAGGUCUGGCAGUGAGACACGAUUCAGCUACAGAUACAAUAGAUAUUGCACCAAAUCACAGAGUGGGGACAAAGAGGUACAUGGCUCCUGAGGUACUUGAUGAUUCCAUAAACAUGAAACAUUUCGAAUCUUUCAAAAGAGCAGAUAUUUAUGCAAUGGGACUAGUGUUCUGGGAAAUAGCUCGCCGAUUUUCAAUUGGUGGAAUCCAUGAAGAUUAUCAGUUACCAUAUUACGACCUUGUCCCUUCUGAUCCUUCAGUUGAGGAAAUGAGGAGAAUUGUUUGUGAACAGAAGUUACGACCCAAUAUUCCAAAUAGAUGGCAAAGCUGUGAGGCAUUACGAGUAAUGGCCAAGAUUAUGCGAGAAUGCUGGUAUGCCAAUGGUGCAGCUAGACUAACAGCUUUACGCAUAAAGAAAACUCUGUCACAACUCAGUCAGCAAGAAGGAAUAAAAAUGUGAUUUCGGAAAUUGUAUUCAAGAAAACAUUUGAAAGUCCGUACGUGCACCUGGCUUGUGCAUUAAGAAUUGUUCUACCUCACUGAGGGAACAGAAGAAUACUGCUGCCUUUUAUACAGAAUAGGAUAAUCAGUUAUUAGUUCAGGAUUUCUAUAGGUGCAGUAAACAGUUGUACAGGUUCUUAAUUAUUUUUCAAAGGUCACAUUGUUAUCUGUUACGUUGAAAACACAGAGAGCAAGCUUGAGAGUGGAACUUGUGCAUGCCGUGCACAGCACUGAAGAACAAUAUGAAAUAUAUGUUCCUGAUGGUACACAGUAUAUUCUUGUCAGAUUGUUUUGUUUCAUUAUCAAGAUGAUAUUAUUGAACACCUUUCAUUGGAACUUAUAUAUGUGACCUCAUUUCAUACAGAGUUUAUGCAAUACUUUGUAUUAUAUUUCUGUCUUUUGCAUCAGAUCAUUACUUGCCUUUAAAACCAUUGUCCAUUAGGAUAUACAGUCUUUUGUCAUUGUAUAAUGACAGUAAAUCUGCAUUCCUCAAUCUGCUGUCUUCUACAUAUUUUUGGUAUUACCAAAUUCCUGGAUUUCCUAGGCAGCAUUGCCAGGGUCCUGCUGCUUGGGAAUCCUAACAUACGGAUAGCACCAGGCUGCAUUAAAUAAUAUGAUUGGCUACAGGAUGAUUUUAUACUCAUGCAUGAAUUGCAUUUUAUCAAAUGCUCUUAUUCUGUAGACAGUAGGAACUGAAGUAUACAGAUUAAUUCUGUGCUAUUCCCAUGCUUUAUAUAUCACAAUGAACAGUGGUGCAAAUGUGGAACUCUUAAAAAGAGCUUUACCUGUAAAAAGACUUCAAUGUUAUUUUUACAUUUGAUAUGAACACUAUCCUGUUAAAAUAAAUCUUACUUCUUAUCUAUCAUAUGUCAGAAAAAAUAUUUUUACAUUGUUCUUUCUGUGCAAUGGAAAGUGCUUUGCUAAAAUUUGAUCCUUGCUAAAUGCUUUUCUGAGGAUGAUUCAUGCAGAAAAACAAUGUGUUUAGAUAGUCUUAUGGAUUCAGUCUGUAUGUGCAAAACGGGAAUUCUCUUAGCAUCUGGAGUUGCUGUAUGGAUUUGGUCAACACAUAUAGUUUUUAAUGUUGGUGUUCAUUGUACUGAUACCAAACUUUGGAGAAAUGAAGGAGCCAAGUAUAGACAUUCUCUUCUUACCAUCUUUGCCAAAAAGAGGUUCAGCAUUGCUCCUUUUGCACAUCCCAUAGCUCUUCUUACAAGCACAUCCCUCUUGUCUAUUAUUGUAGUAAUUGGAAAUUUGUAAUACAUUUGCUUUUGUUUCUUUCAGCAUAUCUGGAAAUUAUAGCAUUUGGAUGCCAACUAAUAGAUACAAUUUCAUGAAACUGAAAAAUUACAGUAGAAUAUUAAAAAAACUAUGCAGAGUCAUUUGAUAUAUUUUAAGUGUGCCUUUGUAAAUUUUAAAUUUUGCACACUAUGUUACUAAUCACAACUAAUAAUGUAAAACAGUUAAUUUAUAAAUCAAAAGCUACUUUAGUUUUAAAACCAGUAUGAAUAAAGAUUAAAACUUGGAAUCAACAAGUUUGCCUUUAUGCAAUUUGCAUAUGAAAUAAAAGUAAAGACGUUUGCAAUCAUUUUAAAGGGAUAAAAUAAUAAAAAUAAACUAUAUAGCAGUGAUGAGCUUGUGUAAGCCAUUUUUUAAAAGAUUUAUUUCAUGAUUAAAAAACAGAGUACACUGCAAAGUAAUCCCAAACAGCUGUACACUUAAAGGCAUUCAUGUGAGCUCGACCAGUAGGGAUUUGAGCUUCUAUGGAAGUCUUUUAUAGAAGGUUUUCCUUUUUUUCUUCUCCCCUUUUGGUAACACUUGAAUAGGAGUAGAUUCUCUUCCCAUCUUGUCUUUUUUGAUUCCCUAAGGCAGUCUCUGUAAAGCACCCUUCUAAUUGUUCCCCUUUUUUCAAGCAGAGGAUAGAAAAAGGUGUCAAUAGCAGGAGAGGAGAAAAUGAAGACAUUUUUCUUCACUCUUCUUUCAUCCUUCCAAUGCAUAACAGUACCUCAGGAUUGAAAGCAGUGGCCUUAAGGAACUGGCAUUUUCUCAAGGCUUACCAUGCCAUUCCUUAAAGAGAACCGGUCUUACUCAGAAGUACUCUGGACCCAGAGCAAGAGGGGGAAAAGGAGGGCAGAAAUUCUCCAGCUGUGGUGACUGCUCCUGCUCUUUUUCCUGUUCCUCAGUUUUAAGGUAAAGUUGUCAAAGAGAGAACAUCUGCUCUAAGGCAGUCUAUUCAUUGGAAAAGAAAUAUUCUAAGCUAGUCUAUUUAUUGGAAAAUAAAUGGGGGCCUUUUCUGCCCCCAUCCUGGUCAAAGCUAAAAUGCAGGUGGUGGCAGUGAGAGUUCUUAAAAGUUUGUUCCUUUUUGGCAAUAUUUUACAAGUCCUAGAAGCUGGUCCUCAACUUUAGCUUAGGUAAACAUCCACAAUUUUUCUUACAAUUUUCUCUAAAUAACUAGCUUGAUAGGCUUCUUUUGAAAGAUGAUAAUCUUUUGUUCUUAAGAGUCCAAGGGACCAAAAUAGUUCAGCAUUCAAACAUUUUUAUAUGGCGAAGAUAAUACUGAAACAAUUUUCUCAUCAUACUCAUGUGGAGAAUAAAAUGCAGAUUUGGCUAUCUUUUCAGACAGUACUGGUUACCAAACAAUGAACAUUAAAAAUGGUAGAAAACUUGCAAAAUUGUCUCGAGAUUUUAACAGUUCCAUACCCCCAAUAAGAUUUCACAAGAUACUGUGUUUAUAAUUUUAUUUAUAUACACAUAGAUAUAAAAUUAAGACAUUCUGUAGAUGACUCCUACUGUUGUUGCAUUGCUAGCCUCUCACAGUAGACAUUUGACAAAGUUGUGUUUUUGUUUUUAGUAAUAUUUCAAAUUACGGACAUACUGAUCAUAUAAGAUUACCUAUAAAAUGCUUAUAAGGAACAAUAGCCUGUAACUCAAUCUCAAGUUUAGGUUAAGACUCACUUGAAUCAACUUCAAUUCCUUAUAAUGACCUGGAGGAAUAAUAAAAUACAUGGAAGUUAAAAAAUUUACUAAAUAUUUAAAUUGCUGCCCACCUUUUAUUCAUCUUCCACAAACUAUAUGAAAAUGGCUGUUCUAAAAAAAUUGCCAGCUAAGCACCAUGAAUUCACUUUUUGGUUAACUUCUUUGUACUGUACUAUUAAAAUGGUUUCAGUAAUAUCUUAAUUAUUUACAUUUUUUAAAAAAAGCUUUAAGCUUAAAUUACCUCAUGAAAAAACAAAGGUACAUUUACUUCUGCGUGUAUAAUAUUUAAUGUUUCUCAGAACAUUAUGAAGGUUGGGUAUUCUAUGUUUCUUUGAAUGUGUCUGUAUGCUAUUGUUCCAAUCAAUCUUCAACAUUGCUGGUAUUUAACUAGCUCUGAUCCAAAGUGCUGUUACUUGGAGAUUUUGCUAAGAUAGGCUUUUUUGUUGGCUUCCCUAUUGAAAAGCCACCUAAUAUACUCUGUGUAGAAGAAUCUACACAAUGGCUUAAUGCAAGUUUUUAUGGGGCUUUAUUCACAGACAGGAGUAUCUGCAUAAUUAAAUAGGCAAAUGGAUUAGCUGGUUGUCAGUUUUUUGUCCAAAUUGCAUAUUUUUAUUUCUGUUUGAUAGUUUUGGUAAAUAUAUUUGCCUUUCCAGUGCUUUAUGGUAAAGACAUACUUACAGUUUAGUUGAUGCAUUUUGAGAAUCUGUACAAAUGUCAUUAUUAAGCCUUACAGAAUUGUUCAUUUCUCUAUAAAUUCCUGAUUAUGUUUUUGUAGAGUAUACAGUGGAGAAAUGUAUAUUGUUGGUUAUUGUUAAGUGCUAACACUAAGUAGAAAAUAAUAAAACAGUGACACUUUUCUUUUUC